AUGACUGUUGAGCUAUCUCAAGAGCAAAUAUCCAUGACCUCCGAAGGGCUUGGGGAGAGUGAUGCAAUAUAUGAGGACUUUCUGACGGCGACCAACACUUCCCAUGAAUAUGAACUUAAUCUGCUGGAAUCCUUGACUUUUCUCUAUAAUUUACUUUACGACGAUAAGUCUACACUAACGAAAGCUGAUAUUCUUAGCAUUCUCAACUCCCUCAAGGAGAGGGAAAACGAGUUGAGCUUUACCUUCAAUGAUUUAUGGGGGUAUAUGAAUGUCCAGGGGGUUUGGAUGCCCCCAAGUCUCCGAAGAAAGUUCUACACCGAAAGGUCGAGAGUCGGCCGCAACCUGUGGUUUCGCAAUAUGCCCAGCUCAAGGCAAGAUGCCAUCGAAAACGUCAACCUACUAUCGUUCCACACAAGGACGGAGUUCUUCAAGUUUCAAACCUUUUACGGUAAGUUAAAGAAUCACAUUACCCACUUCCAACUACGAAAUUUAGUUACAUGUGGCGAAAACCUUCUGAAUGGCAUAUUCUAUCCUUCUUCUUACUACCAUGAUGGAAACCUCCAUACUGUCUCUCUGGAUAACGCUAUUUCGCAUAAUAGCCCCGAAAGCUUUCACAGUUUUUUCAAAAUAAAUCGACUCAUGCCAGAUGACGAUGAUCUCUCGUCGCGAGCCAUGAAACUAGACUGUUUGGUAGACUCCAGACAACUACCGCUUAGCGCUAAUAGUCGAAUAUCAUCUUGUGCCAGCUCAAACAAAUUUUUGGUAAAUGGCACGUUCGAGGGCGGUUACAUUUUGCUGGACAUUUCCGACCCCCAUGAUACAAAACUAUUAGGGGAGUAUACGCUCACUGGCUCCGCCGAUGGUAUAACAAAUCACAUAAGCAUCAGCAAGGACGACAGAGAGCUUCUCAUAUCAUCCAACGACAAGACGAUACGGGUUAUUGACCUUGCUCGAAAUAUCAAAAAAUCGAGUUCCAAGAUACCGCUAGCGGUGAAUUGUCUGGCGAAUAGUCCCACGAACAAGAAUCAAUUUUUUAUAAUAGGAGAUGAUUCGAAAGCGUAUAUUAUGGACCGAAGAAUCCUUGGUAAGGACUUCAACCCAUGCAUUGUAUUUUCCGGGCAUAAGGAUUACGGAUUUGGAUGUGACUGGUCCCCUCUAGAUGAGAAUCUCCUACUUACAGGUAAUCAAGAUGGAACCGUGAGACUUUGGGAUCGAAGAAACCCACAAGAGAAUUUAUACUGUUGGAGCAGCUCUCUUGGCUCCCAGGCGUCUUCAGUUCUGGAUGAGUUCUUAGGUGGACCGGUCAGAAACUGCAAAUUCAGUUAUAAUGGAACUCACAUAGUAUGGGCUGAGAGUUUGGACCACGUUGGAAUUAUUCAAUUUUCGGAUUUGAAAAAAGACUACGGGGAUCUUCAAUCAAGAGUUCAGUCCAUCGAUUUCAUUGGGAAAUGCAUUGGCCUUAAUAUGUGUCCGGCGGAUUCAGGGCAAGGAGAGGAGCUAAUCAUUGGCGUUAAUGACUGUCCCCUUGGUGGCAUCCUUACUUAUCAGCUUGAAGGGAUAGAUAAACCCCUAGAUUUUGAUUUUUCAUUUUAA